AUGAUAAGCCAUGAACUAGAUUAUCUUAAGUACAUAAUAUAUGACGCAUUUGGUCAGCGUUGUAGUGAAAUAGUUGAACUUAUUUUACUUUAUGGAAAUAAAUUAAGCAUGAAUGAAAUAAUUAAUCUAUCUAACUAUGACUUUAGUAUGAUCAGGAAUAUAAUUUUAUGCUUACUAAUUCAUAACAUUCUAGAUUUUCGAAUUAUUUACAACAAAACUAUUGAAUGUACUCAUAAUUCCACAACACAAGAUAAUGAAAAAAUCAAUUAUAUCAAUAUAGAAAGUGAAAAAAAAAAAGAAUACAACAAAAAUACAGAUAACAUAUUAUUUAAUAGUGAUAAUGAAACAGAAGCAGAUAAAAAAACAACAACAAAUGUACCAAUAGAUACAGAAAUACAUUUUUUAUCAGAUCUUGAAAAUUAUAAAUAUAUAAAAGGUUGUAAAUGCUCAUCAUGUAUAUGUAAAAUAAAAAGAGUAGAAUAUUAUGUAAUUAUUAGAAAUAUUUAUAUUUUAAUUAGAUAUUCUUCUAUGCUAUAUUAUAUUCACCCAACAUGUAUUAAAGGGGUAGAUACUCAUUCAUCUGAACAUCUAAAUAAUAAUACCUCACCAUCAAAUAAUAUCACUACAUCAACAGUUUCAAAUUCAAUAACAAACCCUCCUACCAUUUCUACAAAUUCAAAUCCUAUUAAAAAUAUUCCAACAUCAUAUAAUAUGCCAAAAUGUGUAAAUUAUAAUUUUUUUACAACAAAUAUUAUUGCCGAUACAGCAUGUAUAUAUAAUAAUGAUAUGACAAAAGUAGAAUCAGAUUAUAAUAUCAAUUAUUUAUCUGAUAAAUAUCGAAAUAGUUCGUAUAUAGAAGAUGAAGAAGUAAAUAAAAAUUAUCUAACAAAUUUUAUUGAAAAAGUUAUACUCAUAAGAAUAAUAAAAAAUGGAAGAGUAACUUUAGAUGAUUGUUUGAAAAAUAUAAAACUUGAUGAAUAUGUUGAAGUUUGUAAAAAAGAUAUAUCAAAUAUUAGCAAAAAUAAAUUACGAUUAAUUUUUAUACAAUUAUUAAAAAAAAAUAUAAUAAAAAAAUGUAAACAAUUCAAUGAGCAUAUCUGUGAUAAUAAAACUAAAUCACCAGAAAAUAAUAUUACCUUUAACACAUCACUUAAUUAUAUUGAUACAAAUUAUGAACUGACAGACAAACAAAUUUCCUAUACCUCCCAUAAGUAUAUAAAUAAUCCAAAUAAUAUUGAUGAACAACCCUUUUUAAACUUUUCAAAAAAAAAUGGCAUAAACACACAAACACCUAUCAAUACACAAGUAAACGAAUAUAAUAAUUAUGAGCAGAAUCAAAAUGUAGAAAAAAAAAGAAACCACUAUACAUCCUGUGUUGGUCAAAUUGAAAAUGAUUUGAUAGACUCAUCUGAUUUUACUAAUAAUAUUAACAUAAUAAACUCAGUCAAUGAAUAUGAAAAAAAACAAAUACAAAACUCGCCAAACAAAAAAUCAAAAACAAAUCGUAAUCACAAUAUCUUAUCAUAUAAUGAAACAGAAUGGCAACAUAAUUACAUUGAUAGCAAUUUUAAAAACAAUAAUAAUAAUAAUAAUAAUAAUAAUAAUAAAAAUAAUCAAAAUGAAUAUCGAACGAACAUAGAUGAAAAAACAAAUUUAAUCGCAAGUGACCAAUAUAGAAUAAAAAAAGAAGUGACACAAAAUAAUAUUAUAGAACAUCUUGAUAAUCCAUAUACUUAUUUUCAAGUCAAUAGUGAAGUAUUAACAUCCCUAUAUUUAAAACAAGAAUGUUUUAAUUUUAUUUCAUAUUACUAUAAUAUGAAUGACAUAGCUAAAUGUAUUUUAUUUUUUUUAUUAAAUAAUAUACAAUUAAAUUAUUCAGAAGAUGAAAAUAAAUUUAAUGAUACUGUCUCAUAUUCAACUUAUGAGCAUAUAGAAAAAUAUGUACAUUCAAAAUUAAAAAGUAAAAAAAUAAAUAUCGAUAAAAAUAUGAUUCUACAAAAUUUAAAUAUAUUAAUAAAAUAUCCUGAUCAAUUAAUUACUGUAAGAUAUAAUGAUAUAAUUACAUAUGCAGUUGAUUUUAAUAAUAUUAAAUUUAUCUAUCAAAAAAAAAUAACAACAAAUAUGAUUGAAAAUAUGAAUGGAUUAGAUGCUCUAAGAAUUUGGAAUUUUCUUAUUUACACACCUGAUCAUAAAUAUAAUGAUGAAAUUAUUAGUGAAAAUGUUUUAAUCCCUUUAAAUGAUAUUAGAAAAAAAUUAUAUAAUCUAUUAUAUAGUGGAUAUAUUAAAUGCCAUGAAUGCAAUAAUAAUAAUACUACUAAAACUUAUAUUAAACAUUCACUUUCUUUUUCUUCAAAUCUAUAUUAUACAAAUAAUCAAGUAAAUGAAAAUCUAUUUACUGUAGCAAAAAAUAUAUUUGUCAGACGGAAUUUUGAAAACAAUGAAAUUAAUACAUUACAUAAUAAGUCUAAUAUAUGUCUAACUGAAUUUGAUCAAAUCAUUGAUACUGAUUUUUCUCAUAAUCAAAAUAGUAACACUCUUGAAAAUGAUACAAAAUUAAAUUCUAAAAAUUUAAUUGAUAUCACCUCUUCAGAGUUUUCAGAUACUCAUCCCAAUAAUACUACCACAAAUCGAAACAUCAAUCAAAAUAAAAAAAAAAACAUCACUUUAACAGAUAGAGAAUAUGCCGUAGACUACUUAGAAAUCAGUCUCAUUAAUAUUGACAAACUUAUUUUUAUAUUUAACUCUUAA